CCCAUGACCUAGCUAACGCUAACGUUAAAAAAAAACAACCUAGCUAGCUAGCUAGCUAGCUAUCUAUGUUAGCUAAUUAAAGUUGGUAUAGUUUACUUAGCUAGCUAACUACCCAACAUAGACGGCAAAUAAUCAUUAUCUUGAUAAAUCUUGAUUUCUCUCUAAAUCGCUCGAACUUCUUUUUAACAUUUUUUCCUCCUGUUACAGUAGCUAACCUAACCUAAACCACUUAAGCCAGCUAACUAAACAAUGCUAGCUAAUUCGGUUAGUUAUUAUAAAUUAACGAUUGCUAGCUAACGUUAUCUCAGUUUGGCUAGCUAAUGUUGACUACAACAACAGUAGCUAGCUGACGCUAGUUUCUUAAAUACCAUUUAACACUAACGUUAGCUAAUGCAGAUUUCUUAUUUGUGGCUAACAACCAAUAAGUAGGCUAACGUUUAUUACAAUUUAGCUAACGCUAGUUCCCUAACAUUACUUGUCAUUUUCACUUUAUAGCUAACGUAACUGACGCUAGUUGCUUAGAUACCAUUUAACACUAACGUUAGCUAAUGCAGAUUUCUUAUUUGUGGCCAACAACCAAUAAGCGGAUCAUAACAUAAUUCAAUAUGAGUCGUCGAUCAUCUGCUGUCAGGAGUCUCGAUUUUUCGGAAACCGACCUGAACAAACUGCAGCUGCAUCAUCUUAGAUCAGAGGGGGCCAAGCGGGCAUACACUGAGAAAAUCCAAGGCCUCAUCUUCAGAGACAAACGGGAGAUCCAGAGGCUCCAGGAUGAACGUGAAGAGCUUUUACUCAGUCUCAAAGCCUCUCAGAGUUGUUCUACUCGUUGGACUGAUACUUGUGUUGUUCAAGACCUUACUUCCAAGUUGGCCUGUGGAGACGGGAUAGAUGAAGAGCUGGAAGCAGAAAAAGGCAAAGUGGCAUCUUUGAAAGAGCAGAUUUUAAUAUGGGAGAGGAAGUUGGCAGGACAGAAGACUGGUGGGGGAACUACACAUCACAGUAGGAAAUCUGAUAAGAGCAACUUACUAAAAAACAUCUGCUUAAUAGAAAACAAACUGUACAGGGGUCGCAAAUGCUUCAAUACUACAAUGACCAGGAAUAUCAAGUUGAGGGAGGAGCUCAAGAUACUGCAGGUUGAGAAGAAACAGUUCCUACAUGUUCAAACUCGGCUGGAAAAGAAGCUGCAUGCAAUUCGCAAGGAUAUUUGUAAUCUCAUGACGAAGUGCACUGAAGCCUUCAAUGCCAGUGUGAAGAGCCAUGAAAAACAGAGGAUGCUGGUGGACCAGAAUGCUAAAGAUGUGGCUCAGUACAUCCAAGAGAGGAGCAAGUUGAAUCGAGGAAUGUCUCAUUACUGCAAAUUUGAGGUUUUCCUAGGUAUUAAGGCUAUUGCACGCAACAACCAGGACACAGACCACAACAAAGUGAAGCUCAAGCAACUAGAGUCUAAGGAAUUUGGGCUGGAAGAUUUUGUGGAUGCUAUCAAAAAGAUCCUCACAGAGACGAAGGAAAGUGACCUGGACAAACUAGUCAGGAACUUCAUACAAAUGGAGGAGCAGAACUACACUUUUUGGGAAUUUGUCAACUAUCAGCAAAAUGAAGCAGAGACCAUUCAGAGUCAGAUCUCUCAGCUUUGCAGUGAGAGAGAGAUCUUUACAGCUGAGGAGCAGCGGCAGCAGGAGCAGCAUCAGGGUCUUCAGAUGAAAAUUUCCAUCAAGCAAGAGGCAAUCGAGCAACAGCUGGCAGUUUAUCAACAGCAUGUUGAGUUUUUUGAAAAGCUCCUCGAUCAGCUCAAAGAAGGUGUUAAAUCAUUGUGCCAGAUCAGCAAUGACAGUGCUGUGAAUUGCGACCAGCUGGGCUCCGCUGUUGGAGUCCAGGAUGAAAACAUCGUAGAGUACCUGAGAAGGGCGGAGAACAGAGUCAAUGAGCUUCUCACGCUGCAGUCCUUUCUUCACUUCCAAGAGAACCUUGACCAGUGGGACAUUGAAAGCCUCAGUGCCAUUGCUGGGCAGCUCCUGGGAAUGACCCCCCCAGCUGUAAACUUCACCACUGCUUCUGCGAUCCCUGCACUUGCUGAUGACCCGGACAUGGUGGAGUCACUGCUGCUGGUUGCAAAGGAGCCAGUGAGUAGACAUGAUCUCCUGAAACUGGUCAAUAUGAAGAUUCAGAGGAAAAAGAAGACAGAUUGACCUGAUGUUUCCAGGAAAUGCUGCUCCUUGGAGCUGCCAUAAGCUACUGCACACUAAGCCACUGGAAACAAGUCUGUACUGAGCUUUUAGAUUUCUAAAAGCUUUAUUAGGCUUUAUGAAUGUUUAGACGGGCAUGUGAAGGUUCAAUGUGUCAGGUAUUCAACAGGGAAUAAC